AGAUGUAGAUCGGCCCACUCCAGCCAAGCCCCAGCAUGUUGUAGGCGGCUGCUACCAACAGGAAGACCGGAGCGGAGAAAGCAACAAAGAAGAGAAGGGAAGAAAGUGAAGGAAGGGAUGGUGAAAGAAGUCAACAUGACCCCAGUAGACCAGCUGGACCAGCAGUGAGCCAGAUCCAGCUGGAAGAGCCUGCAACCAUACACUCCUAUCUGCAGCACUGUGAUUUGGAUAUGAAUGGGAAGGUGAAUACUAAUGCUGAGAAUAUUACUCACUCCAAAAGUGCAAAUAUGGUGUCAGACCUGUCCCCAGAAGGCCAGCCUUACACCCGGACGUCUCGUACUCCCAGAGGUACUCCCAGAACGGCAGCCACGUUUGGGAAGCGUUCCAACUCCAUGCGCAGGAAUCCCAAAGCAGCAGUCAGCAAACAGGGAUGGCUGUACAAGCAGGCCAGCAGUGGAGUGAAGCAGUGGAACAAGAGGUGGUUCGUCCUCGCCGACAGAUGUCUCUUCUACUACAAAGACGAGAAGGAGGACACGGUGUUAGGGAGUUUGCCGCUGCUUAGUUUCCGAAUCGGAGGAGUGGAGCCUUCGGAUAACAUCACCCGCAAGUUUGCCUUUAAGGUGAAUUCGGAGAAGGAGGAGGGUGAGGACGGCGAUUUGAAGGAAGCUGUUGUGUUUUGCAUGCAGGCGGAGCACGCCGGCACCAGGACAUACUACUUCAGCGCUGACAGCCAUGAGGAACAGGAAGGCUGGAUCAGAGCUAUGAGCGAGGCUGCAGAGGUCAUCAUCCAGCCAACACAUAGAAUAAACGCGGACGCCACAGUUGAUCUAAACCACACCAUGGUGACCAAGGCCCCCAACCCACAGACCCCGCAGCAUCCACACACACAAGCACACAAUGAAACGGACAAUGACUUUGCCCCCUACCCUAAAAUCAAUGGGGUGAACAGCCUCGAGACCCCACCGCCCUCCACCCCCUGCUCCAACCAGGAGGGCACAAAGAACUACGGCAGACGAGGAGAAGGCGGCGGAGACGGCGAAGACGAAGGCGGAGGACCUGGUCCUGACCACGCCCCGCACCCGAGUGAACAUCCAAACGGUUGGGGCACUCGCAACGCCGCGCCCCACAACAGCCAGAGCCAUGCCCCUCUCUCCAGGAGUCACAGCGGACACCGCACCCCUCAGGGACACCCGGAGGGGGGUGUCGGCCCGACGCGGGACCCCAGGGAGCAGCAGGACAACGUGGUGCUGAGGAGGGGCUUUGUGCCGCGGACGGCUCCAGAGAGGGUGGCCCAGAGGAAGAGCUCCAUGGCCCAGCUGCAGCAGUGGGUUAACCAGCGGCGGGGCAUGGCCUCACAGGAGGACCUCAACAGCCCGUCUCGUUACUACCCAGUGAACCGGGGGGUCCCGGGUGACUACUACGGCUACCCUGGUGGCCCCCAGUACGUGGAAGAGUACGCCCUGUACCCGCCGGGGGUCCGACCCGACAGCAUCUGCUCCGUCUCCACCGUGGGGGGCUACGACCGGCGCUGGACUGUGGAGGAGAAGCGCCACUCGCUGAGGGACGGAGCCCAUCAGCUGUACGGACCCACGGUGCCCAGGGAGCAGUGGAGGCCGCAGGGCUACGGCGGAAUGGACACAGCCAUGAGACGUCUGUCCAUCCAGCCGCGCUCCAGGUCCGUGCCCAGGUCUCCGUCCUCGUCAUCCUACUCGCCCAACUUUGCCUCACCGGCCCGGUCGCCGUCUGCCCGCUUCGACCGCUUUCAAAGGGGGAUGAGGGACGACGUGAUUUAUGCUGAUCCCUCCGUCUACAGCCUGCGGAGAUCCCUCAGCUCGCCCAAGUAUGACUACCCUGGUGAUAGGAGGUCCUUAAGCCAAGGAUUAUACCACUACAACUACCCUGUAUCCCCUUCCAUCCACAAUAAAAUGGUGCCUCCCUUCCAUGAUGUCUACAGCAGAGAGUUACAUCCUACACUGAAGCUCAACGAGAUUGAAACCAGUAAACUCUUGGGUCGACUGUGUGAGCAGAGCCAGAUUCUGAAAGACCACGAGGCUGUUGUCCACCGACUGAGAAUGGACAAGGACAGCCUAGAGGAGGCGCUGGUGGCGACUCAUCAGGAGAUGGAGCUGUACCAUAACCAGCCGUUGGCCAUGGAAAAGCUGCGCUUCAAAAAGGAAACCUUGCAGAACCAGCUCAUCAACAUCAGAGGGGAGCUCUCCCAGGCCUCCAGUGCUUUAACCACCACUCGUAUGGAGUUUGAAGCAUUGGAAGAUGAGGCCAACGCCAUUCAUGGAGAUCUAUGGGAGCAGCUUAAUGCAGGAGGGCAGAGUGAACUGGUCCGUAGGCACAUCCAGAAAGAGUUUUGGAGAGUCCAGGAUGUAUUAGAGGGACUGCACAAGAAUAACUCAUCCAGAGGCACUGACACAGCCAAGCACAGAGUGGCCAGUGGUGCUUCAGGCUCCUUUAGCACCAAUAGUCCAGCCAGUCCCCUGAGCUCAGUAAGCCUCACCAGCCCGCUCAGCCCCUUCUCCCCAGUGCCCGGCUCCCAGGCCUCCCCCACCAAACAGCUGGGCCCGGAGCCCAAAUUUGGAGAACACAACAACAUCAGUGACGUGCAGGACCAGGUCCAGGACAGACAAUCCACCAUGAAUAAAGUUGGCAUUGUCCCUCCUAGAACGAAGUCCCCCACCGACGAAUCGCACAGCAGCUCUGCCAGAGUUUCCCGCCAUAAUGGCAGAGGGCCUAAUGGAAUCUCUAGGGAGCGGCCGAAGAGUGCCGUGUUUCCCGCGGAGCUGAAGUCGAAGAUGAGCGUGCAGGAGCAGAAUGAGCGAAUCCGACGCAACCAGAGCAGCUCUGUGAGGGACAAGAGGCGGAGUCUAAACCUCUCAGGUGGCCAGUCUCCAUCGAACUACAAAGUGAUCCGUAGGCGGCUGACAGCUCACGAGAUUGACAUCAAAGACCUGGAGGCGGCGGUUCGAGGCCCGGGGCAGGAGUCACCUCGGCAAGAGAUCGCUCGCCUGAGACGGUUAAAGGCUGAACCAGAACCCUACGACCUGGACCUCAGCAGAGAGCUGAUGACUCCGGACAAGGUUCUGAUCCCAGAGCGCUACCUGGACGUGGAGGACAACACUCCUCUCAGCCCCGAGGAACAGAAGGAGAAGCAGAAGAAACUGGAGCGGAUCAAGACUCUCAUUGCCAAAUCAAACCUUCAGAACAUGGUUCCUGUGCUGGACGGCCCUGUGGAUGGUGGGGCUCCAGUCAGCUCCCAGCAGCAGUUGGAGGAGCAGGAGAAGCGCAUUGAGAUCUCCUGCGCUCUGGCUGCCGAGGCCUCUCGUCGCAGCCGCCUUCUCUCGGCCCAGUGCGCCCCCAGCACCCCCACCUCCCCGACCAGCCUGGCCCAUUCCCCUUCCUCUGCUGACUUCCCCAACUCCGCCCACACCAUGAUGGCGUGAGUCAUGCAAGCUCAAGCGCUGGCUGCUGUCAAGUUUGAUGGAGCAUCUUUCUGAGGAUUCACCGGACAAACUACAACAAAAGCACGGAAAGCUGUCAGAGGAGGUUCCUAGGAGGCAAGAGCCAAUUUCAAAACCCAAUUGGAAGCUAUACAGACUAGUUAACACCACCACCUCCCCCCACCCCAAAAAAUAUCCUGUUCCAUCCAACUUACGACUGUCUCCUGCUAUGUGUGGCACCAAGGAAGGCUCCAGAUCUCCUACCAGCUUCAAGGUGUGAAAUAUUUCUCUAUAAUUUUGCUCAGGACAUAUUCCACAAAGAAGAGAUUACAGAUGAACUACAGUACGUUGAUGAUGUUGAUCAGUUCACAAGGGAACACUGCAUAUGAGAUGCCCACACUGAAGAGGAACCGGGGACACUGCAGAGAUAAAUCAAGAGAAAGAGUUUGGGAUGAGGCCAGAUGGACGUCACUGAGGUUGACUGGUAGACAAAAGCCUCACUAAAACCUACAGAGAGGCUUUGAACAUGCUUCUGGACACUAAAAGCCACCAUGAUGUUUAUACUGUAAUCAUCUAAUCUCCAUAUCAAUCUUGGAAAACCACCAUGGCUUGUGGCCCAGUGAGGAGUGGUGCUCAGUGACAGACAGACUGACAUAUUCUGACACUUUAACAACUGAGCGAAAUAAGAGUCAAGCCUCCCAUCCUUUGUAAAAAAAAAAAUAAAAGCUGAGGACUCCCCCUUCUGAACUCACUGUGAUGCCUGUCUUACCAAGACCUCCACCCCCUUCCACUUCUCCCAUCCCAUCAACAUGGUCUGGUAUUAACUACACUCAUAUGCAACCAUUAGCAUGACAUACAUUUGAUUGGGCCAAACGUAACGUCACCUGGCUUACGUUUUGCUUCAAUGCAUCGCCCAUCUUACACAACAAACACGCAAAAGCCAACCCCUUCUCACUUCCAACUCUUCACAUGCUUUCCUUAGAGGCUUGGUCAGUGGCCCUGAGCUUCAGAUAGCGACGCACCAGGCACCCUUUAGCGUCUGUAUAGGAUGCACUUGGCAGAGCAGCAAAAAUGACCCCAAAGGGGUACCCAGAGUGUUAAAAAGUGACACAAGGAGUCCUGACUAAGCUUCAGUAUUUGACGAGUUGGGAUUGGGAGUGUGUUGAAAGAGCACAGAGUUUGUUGCAAGGCAGAGCUGAAGAUAAGGAGCUUUACAUCAACCAUGACCUAUCCUGCAAAGCUGCUCACGGACUUGUCCUACGUUUGAUUCAGUGUUGCAGACGUGAAACACAAUAUUCAUUUUCUAACCUGGUAUCCUCACCCCCUUUACUGACUUACUUGUAAGAUCUAGAGUAAAGCCCCUGAUAUACUCCAAAAUGAACAGCUCUGUACAUGCCACACUGGGUUUACGCAGAUGUGGUCCAGCCGACAUGCUUGUAGGCAUAUAUAGUCUGCGUGGUCAUACAUUUUAAACCGCAUUCUGUUUGAGUCGGGCCAGACAUGUUACCUUGCAUGGCAGCUGGAUUCUCACGGGGCAUUAGAUCACGCAAAAUCGCAGGAUCACAUAUCAAACAAAAUGUCCGGCUUUAAGUUAACGUAUUUGUGUGUGGACAUCUACUGGAAGCUACGGGCGUGGUUUUGAGUGUGAGUGGCGAUUGCGACCGUUUGUUCAAAACAACGAUGGCGGACGUGAUAGACAGAUAGUUCAUCCAGUCACCUGCCAGGGAUUUUUUUUUAAGGUGCCUGCCCUUUUCCAAACAGUUUCCAAUGGCUGCUUAGAUGGUUCUGUGUAACAGACCAUCUGUGCAGUUGAUGAAAUAUAUGUCCCACGGAUACAUUCUUUUCUACAUUGAAAGAGGCAUCUCACAGCCUCUGCCUGCUGUCAAUGCUGCGAUGCCAUUGGUUAAAGUCAUCUUAUUUGGGGGUCAAAAUUCAAUUCAGUUGAAAUUUUGCCACAAAACGUGGAGGAAAAUCAAGGCAGUGUGCACAGCUAGGUCUCGCUCUGCUGCUUGAUCUUUGUCAUGUUGACUUUAAGAUGAUGUGAAAGCCGUUCAAAUUGUAAAGUUGAAUUCAUAUACUUAUUUUAGUUGAUUUAUGGCCAUUUUGUCUCAUCUGUAUGGUGGAGUGUUGUUAGACACUAAGACAGACACAUUUACUGCGGUUGGACUCGCUGUCUGUAUUAGUAUAAGUGUUCAAACCAGAGCUGUGAGACACCAAGUGACAUGCUUUCCCCUAAUGUUGUGGGCCAAACAUUUUAAUACGGAGAAUAACACCAGCAGUGGAUUAUAUACCUAGGUAUAUAAUGUGUAGUUCAACUUUUACAAUGGCUGCUUCAUAGAAAUAGCAGGCUGUGACACAAUAUUCUGCCCUAGAAAGAAGCAUCUGCCUGAGGCAACAACAAAGCCUGAAAGGGAGAGACAGUUAGCCUUUUCCUGAUAGAACACUUUUACACCUCUACGUUUUCUAACCCCUCUCAGCUUUAGACAAAGACGGUGGUCAUCUGGAGGUUAGACAGGGAAAACGUCAGACUACUUGAAGGAAAUGGGAUAGAUAGGUACCAGAGACUCUUAUGGUGAAGGCAAAUUCUUACAGAGCCAUCCAACUACCUGACCUCCACACCAUCGCUCUAUAUGAGCCUCACAUUUCUGAAUUCUGUUUUGGCACAGAAUUUGGGCAUUGAGCAACAAUCUCUAACCCUGAGCAGAAGCAUAUGAAUGUGAUCCUGAAGGGGCACCAUCACCUCACCAUCAACCUCUGUGUGCAGCUCUCACAUUUUUGUUCAAUCCCAUGCAUUUUACCAUCGCAUUCUUUCAGACUUCGUCAUAGUGCUCAAGAAAUUCCCAUGUGAUUGUCUACAGAUAUAUAGGUAAAGUAUGUUGGAUAGAAAUCGUACAGUGCAUGUGCAAAGUGAAGAUAGAAGUGACCUUAGAAGAGUAUAACUCUGGGAGAAAAGCACUUGUCUGUGUGGAGAGGAGUUAGCUAAUGGUGCAUUUGAGAGGAAUUAUGUAGUGGAAAAAAAAUAUGUAACAUAUCCCAAAAACAUGUCAUCCUGUCAUGCAGUGCCAUACGUCUGAAACAUGUCUGUGUUUUGUCCGUUGUGAUGAAAGAACAUAUUAAUGACAUGACUUACAAAGGAGGUUGAAUCUGGAGGAAAUGAUUGGUGGUACCAAUGGGGGUUGCCAAGGUUAGAAAUGUCUACCCAUCAUGGCCAACAUUAAAUAAUUAAAUAAUACAUUUUGAAAUAAAUGCAUUGUUUAACUUUGAAUGAAGUCAAUACCACAUUGAUUACAUUUGGAAUAAACCAACAUGCAUAAAUGAACCAAAUAUUGUGAAAUAACUGAAAGAAAUAUUACAGCUCAACUCAUUAUUAUGCAACUCUGUCUCAUAAAAAAAUGACGAGAAAUGAACUAGACUGCAUUCUCGAUUAUGUUUUCGAGGGAAAUGUAUUUUCUCCUGGAUUACGGUUGUUUCAACACGUCCUUGUACCAGCGAUAGACGCAGGUUGUGAAACAGUCGCAGUUUUAGACACGUGGUUAACGUUAUGAUUUGAAACAAAACUACUUUGUUAGGUUUAGGAAAGGUUUAUGGUUUGGGUUCAAAUAAGAAGCCUGUGUUUGUUACAUAAUUUAAGUUAUGUACACAAGUUAAGUAUGUUACGCAAGUACCUAUGUAAGUUAAAAUAAGUUGAGUUUUGGUUUUCCCAACAGGACAUGAACAGCGCUCUCCUGGGUAAAACUCCCAUGUUUGUUUGACCUUAGUCUAUAUCAACGGCGUUCCACUUCCGGGAUUGUUCAGGUGCCGCCGGAAAUUCUGCCGGAUGUCCCUCAUGUAAGCCGGAUGUCCGUCAUCUUCCGCUUCCUUUGUGUUGGCAUUUUAAACUGUGGUAGAUUUAUGAGGACUAUGGU